UCUGAUAGGUCUGGCUUUGAUAGUUUGUGCGUCAGCAUCGACAAUGUCCUAUUUUACUUACCCGGGCAACUUUCCGAUAGUUUAUUUCACAGACUUCAAAUACAUUCCAACGGAUUACGGAUAUAAACUUUCUUAUAGAACACAAGCUGGCUAUACACAUGAAGAGCUUGGAAUUGUCCCUGGAGUACCACCAUUGAGAAAUAAUAAUAACGAUGAUAAUUUUAAUCCGGAUAGUCUUGGAACUGGACAAGAUACUCUUGGAUCUUCGAGAGCCGGACGGCAGAAAUCAAAGAGGCUACCAUCUAAAAGUCGUAAAGUGUCACCAAAGCUCUUAGCGAGUUUAUCAGGCUGAUAAAUCUAUGGAUAUAGGGUUUCGAGUUUGAGUUAAUAUUAAUUUGGUUCGCAGGUUAUUAAUAUUCGUUCCAGAU